AUGCCCAUGCCCAUUCCCACCGAUCCCCAUGUCCACCAACAUCACACCAGCUCUACCUCCAGCACUUUCUCCUCAGGCGGGCCAUCCCAGCCUCGUGAGGAAGAGGAGAAUGACCACAGCGGUUACAAUAGUGGCGAUGAGUACGAGCCAUUUGGGUGGAACCUCACAGCAGACCAGUGGGAAGAGAAGGAAAGGAGAUUUGAGAAGAAGAUGAAGAAGAAGGGGCUGAUGAUCAAGAAAAUGAGGGAUGAUGGAGCUUGUUUGUUCCGUGCUGUUGCUGAUCAGGUCUACGGAGACCAAGACAUGCAUGGUAAUGUACGUCAGCAAUGCAUGGAUUAUAUUUCCAGAAAUGAAGAUGCGUUUGCUCCAUUUGUUUCGGAGAACUUCCAGACAUAUGUCCAAAGAAAAAGACGUGAUGACUGCUUUGGUAAUCAUAUUGAGUUGGCAGCCAUGUCAGAAAUGUAUAACCGUAUCAUUGAAGUCUAUUGUUAUAGUGUUGAACCAAUCAAUAGUUUCCAAGGAUCCCUUCAGACAGACAACGAACCCAUCCGUUUGAGCUACCACAUGGGCACGCACUACAACAGCCUCGUGGACCCGUACAAAGCCACAAUUGGGGUGGGUCUCGGUCUCCCGGGCUUCCAACCAGGCCUGGCCGAGAAGAACCUGCUGAAGGAAGCUACCAGACAGAGUGAGAAUGUGCAUUUAGAACAGGCUAUGUUGGAGGACAAAAUUCGUGCUACUGACUUCGAGGCCACAAAUGGCAUAGAAGAGCAAGUUGCCCAUGAAAGUUAUCUUCAAUGGCUGAGAGAUAAUGAAAAGCGAAGUAAAAGUCAGAGACCCCCAUCAUCCCCCUCAAGCUCUGGCCACAGUGAGAGGUGUCGGGGCAGGACCUCACCUCUCCAUCCAGCCCCCCAGCCAGAGGGAUCCAGCGACACAGCCCGAAGCUCUCCUAGGUCUUCACCCCGCACCAGUGAGCUCGCCCGGCUGUCCCCACGGGGCUCCACCUCCCCCAUGGGCUCCACCUCCUCUCAUGGAUCUACCUCACCCAGAGGGUCGAGUUCACCCCGCGGGUCCACUAGUUCAAAGGACACAGCCAUGGAGUCAGCUGAAGACCAGGCAGUACCAGGCUCAUCCAAGGACCCCAUGCCUUCCUCUUCAGGUUACUCAUGCAUGGGGGAGUUCAUGGUCAAUGAGAGGGCCUCUUUCCUCAACCUCCUCCCAUCAGACAUAUUUGGUUUGAGCGACUAUUCCAACGCAGAGGCAGACAUCCUGGCCCAGGUCCUUGCAGCCAGCCAGCAGGAGUACUUAGACUCCCUGAAGUGCAAGACGAAAGAGGACAGCUCUGACUCAUCGUCCUCCUCGUAACCCUCAGUCUUUCUGUAGCAAAAUCUGCCAUUUUUCAAAAUAUGCAUUCUUAGUCAUGACAGACCAAGUCAAAAUCAUUUCAUGGCAACAAAAUUUUGCAACACAAGUUUGCCUUUGUAAUUAUGAAUAACCCAGCAUACUUAUA